ACUGAAUAUUCGUAGGUUUAGUCUUCAGACAGUUUCGAGUUUGCGCUACUCGCAGUGGAAGACAUCGAUAUGUCAAUACUUCUACGAUAUAAAAUCUUUAAAGAAAGUAUGAUGUCGUAAAAAUAUAAAAAUAUACUCAAAAAAUAAUCGUAGUUACGAUAGUGAUUAGGUUAUGAAAAAGUCGAACAAAUAUUGGACAGGUGUGGGUAACAUUUCAACAGUGUGUUUGUCCGAAGUAAAGAGGGACCGUGAGGACCUCGAAGACAGUCUUCCGACUUUUUACAUGAAGGAACAAGAUAUUCCUGAAUAUCUUGAAGGCUGUGGUUUAACCACCUGUACAGCCAGCGACAUGCCUGAGGAUGUAGAUGUUCUACGGGAUAAUAAAGAACACACAAAAGAAAAAAAAUUAUCAUCUGCGUCCAUAGCAGGACCUGAUACUAAAAAAACAGUAACUGUCAAACAUCCCGAAUCAAAUAAACCGAAACCAACUACAAAAAAAGGCAAACCGAUACAAGCAGAUUUAGAUGUUUCUAAAGAAUUUACAAGAUGUAGAGAAGAAUGCUUAGAACGGCUGGAUUUAAGUAAAUCUAACAUUACUCAUUUACCAAGUACGGUACGAGAUUUGACGCACUUAAUCGAGUUUUAUCUAUACGGUAAUAAACUCGUAACAUUACCGCCAGAAAUCGGUUGUCUUGGAAAUUUGGAAACAUUAGCUUUGAGUGAAAAUUCUCUAACAAGUUUACCAAAUACAUUAGAGAAUUUGAAAUCUUUAAGAGUUCUUGAUUUAAGGCAUAACAAGUUGAGUGAAAUACCUGAUGUCGUGUACAAGUUGACGAAUCUCACAACUUUAUUUUUACGCUUUAAUCGAGUUCGAUAUGUAAGUGAUAAUAUACGCAAUUUGACAAAUUUGACAAUGCUAAGUUUGAGAGAAAAUAAAAUCAGAGAACUUCCAGCUGGUAUUGGCAAAUUAAUCAAUUUGAUAACAUUUGAUGUUUCUCAUAAUCAUUUGGAACAUUUACCUGAAGAAAUUGGAAAUUGUGUCCAGUUAUCUACACUUGAUUUGCAACAUAAUGAGCUUUUGGAUAUUCCAGAUACAAUUGGAAAUCUAAUCUCAUUAACAAGAUUAGGACUCAGAUAUAAUAGAUUAACUAAUAUUCCAAAGUCCUUAGCAAAUUGUAAAUUAAUGGAUGAAUUUAGUGUAGAAGGAAAUCAAGUAUCUCAAUUACCAGAUGGACUACUUGCAAGUCUCUCUGAUUUAACAACAAUCACAUUAUCUCGGAAUGCUUUUACUGCAUAUCCAUCAGGAGGACCAGCUCAGUUUACAAAUGUUUAUUCUAUCAAUCUUGAACAUAAUAAAAUAGAUAAAAUACCAUAUGGUAUUUUUUCUAGAGCAAAGAAUCUUGCAAAGUUAAAUAUGAAAGAAAAUCAAUUAACUGCUUUACCAUUAGAUAUUGGUACAUGGAUUAAUAUGGUUGAAUUAAAUUUGGGUACAAAUCAACUUACAAAAAUUCCUGAUGAUAUUCAAUGCCUUCAAAAUUUAGAAGUUUUAAUAUUAUCUAAUAAUUUAUUAAAACGUAUUCCUGCCAGCAUAGCAAAUUUACGUAAACUCAGAGUGUUAGAUCUUGAAGAGAAUAAAAUUGAAUCUUUACCAAAUGAAAUUGGUUUUCUAAGAGACUUGCAGAAGUUAAUUUUACAAUCGAAUCAGGUAACUUCUUUACCAAGAGCAAUUGGACAUUUAACAAAUUUAACUUAUUUAAGUGUUGGAGAAAAUAAUCUAAACUAUUUACCUGAAGAAAUUGGUACAUUAGAAAAUUUAGAUUCACUUUAUGUAAAUGAUAAUGCUAAUUUACAUAAUUUACCAUUUGAAUUAGCUCUAUGCACAAAUCUCAGUAUUAUGUCAAUUGAAAAUUGUCCACUUUCUCAAAUACCACCAGAAAUAGUUGCAGGAGGACCUUCUUUAGUAAUUCAGUUUUUAAAAAUGCAAGGACCCUAUCGAUCCAUGUAACAAAUUUAAAAAAUUAUUUUAUGAUUUAGAUGUCGAUUCUUAAUAAGAGUGAUACAAAAACAAAUGAUAUUUGAUAUCAAUAUUUAUUAAUAUUAAAUUUUCACUGUAAUGAUCUCACAUCAAUAAAAAUUAUAUUAAUAUAAAUAUAUAAUAUGAAAAAAAUGUGCAUAUAUUUGUAUUCUGAUAAGAUGAACUAUAAAUAAUCAUAUAUCUGCGAUACAUUUUCAAUGAUACAUGAGAAAAGAAACAUAUAUAUAAAUAUAUUGUAAUUGUAAUUGUAAAAUUGGUGCUUCAAAAUAUGCACAACAAAUAAUAAAACUACAAGAAAAUGAAGUCAUAAUAAAAUAUUUUAGAUACAAUAAAAAAAACAUUACUCACAUUUUAUUAAUAUGAUAUAAUUUAUGAUAUUUUAUUCAUCUAUUUUAUCUAUUUUAUAUAUAUAUUAUUUACCAAUCUUAUAAAAUGUAAUAUAUCAUAAUUUGCAUGCAAUAUAUUGUUUUACUAUUGUAUAUUAUAAUUCUAUAUUAUAAUUAUUUUAUAAUUUGAUAACUUGAUAAUAUUUAUGCCAUAGCAAAUUCAUUGAAUUUACAGAUUUAUUACACAGAUACCUGAAAAUAUUCUUAAAUAUAUAAUUAUUAUUUUCAGGAUAUAAAAUUAUAUAUAUUAUAAAUUAUAUAUAUAUAUAUGAAAUGAAUAAUAAAUUAUUCAACUGAAAAUAUACAAUUAAGAAUCGGCAUCAACAGUUUUACAUUUCAGUUACUGCUAUUCAUUGCCAUAUAAACAAAAUAUUUUGAUGAUAAAAUUAAACUAAUUUUUAAAAUAAUAAGUUUACCUUGUAAUAUAGUAUGAAAGUAUAUAUUAUUAGUUAUUUCAUGUUACAAUAUUAUUAUGAAUGCUUCAAUUAUAAGAAAUUUUAUAAGAAACUAUUCUUCCAGAAAAAAACAUCUAUUUAUAUAAUUUAAUACAUGCUAUAAUGAAUAAUGUAUUAUUUUUUUUAUUUCUAAAACUAUAUAUGAUGAAAUUUUAUAUUUAAACAUCAUGAAUAAUUACAAAAAAAAAAUUUUUUUAUAUUUGUUAAAUAAGCUGCAAUAUUAAGCAAUUAUUUAUACUUCAUUUAUUUAUAUUUAAAUAAAUUUACAAAAUUAAAAUUUAUAAAAAUUUUUAAUAAAUAAAUUAUGUUUUUAUAAUUAUUGAAAUUAAAAUAUUUCAUUAAAUAUGUGAAUAUUAUAUAUUAUUUAAUUUUGGCAAUAUAUUAUUAUUAAAUCAUUUUUUGCUAAGUUCCAUAGAUAAUAACUUUUAAUUAAUUAUUUAAAAAAGUAAACAUUUUUUUGAUAUUAAAGUUUUUGUAUAUGUAUUAAAAUGUGUGUAAUACUAAUAUAUAUUAUAAAUAAUAGUAUUACACAUAUUAUUUUAUGGUUAAUUAUAUAUAAACUUAGAUAUAUAUGUAUAUAUGUAUGUUUAUAUUGGAUUUAUGAAGUUGAUUGGAUUUUAUUUAUAACCAUAUAGCAAUAUAUUGAUUUUUUUACACAUAUUACAUAUUUCUAUAUACAUGUGAAUACCUGAUAAGUAUAUUAUUUUCUUGUUUAGAAAUUAUAAUAUUAAUAAAAAUAAUCACAAAAAUUUGAUUUAUAAUCCAUAUUAUUAUGCAAUGGCUGUGCAAUAACAAAUUAAAUAAUUAGCACAAUUCUAUAUUUAUUAAUUGUAACUCAAAAUAAUAUUAUAUUAAUAUAUAUCAUGUAAUAUAAUUAACAAACAGAUAUUUUUUACUCAUUAAUUAAUGUUCUUUCAAUAUAUUAAAAGCAUUUAUCAUAUGCUUAAUAAAAAAAAAAUUAUAAAUGUUGUAAAACAUGUAGGAUAAAUAUUGAUAUUCAUGUAUUCUCAUUCAAUUUUAUUAAGUUACAACACUUUAUAAAUAAAAAUGCAAAAUUUUAAUUUUAUAAAUUAUUAAAAUACAUAAUGGAACUUAGCAAAUUUUUAAUUAUAAUUAAAAAAAAUAUAUGUCUGUUCUGUAAUUACUCAUUGAUGUAUGUAAGUGUAUGAUUUAUUAUAUGUCUAUUUAUAUAGUUUUUUCCAUAAUAGUUAUGUUUCAAAUAUUAUAAUAUAAUAUAUUUAUAUUAAACUUUGUCUUUCAAACUUCUACUUCAUGGAAUAAAGACCGAUAAUAAUAUUGCAUAAGAUUUAACUUCAUAUUAAAAUUUUUUUCUUUAUGUAAUAAUAAAUUUUAUAAAUAAUACUAAUAAUAUAUGUUUUAUGCAAUUAUGUAAUAAUAUAUAAGUUGAUUGAAAGUUAAUGUCAAUUUAUAGGAUUUAUGUCAAAAUGAUUAUUUUUUAAUUGAACAAUAAUAAUUAUGUAUAUAAUUUAUAAAAUAUCAUACAUUUACCUUCUUUACUAAAAAGAUGUACAAAAUGUUGAAACUAAGAUAUCAUUUUCUUUUAACAAUAUAUGUGUAUGUUUAACACAUAUUAAAAUAGAAUAUCAGAAUAUAUGCAAAAGUUGCCAAAAGAAAUACUACAAUAAGAAUUAUUGUGAUAAACUGUUCAACAGUUUUAAAAUAUGUAAGUAAUAUAUUAUAUUGUAUGAUUGGAAAAUGAUUAAAAUUUAUAUUAAAAUUUAAAAUAAAUUGCUUCUCAAAUUAUAAUCUUGUUGAAUAGUCUAUCAAGUGCGACAUUAUAUGUAUAAUUUUAAAAUCAUGAUAUUAAUGUAAUUCAAUAUACAUAUAUGAUUAUAUAAAAUGCUGUAUAUUUCUAAAUAUAUAAAUAUAUUAUAAACA